AUGGAAGGCACAAGGCAGCCUCUCAACCACCGCGCGUCGCAGCAGACGAUUAUCUCGCUGCUCGAGCUCGACCCGGCCCCGAUCGAGCCGCCCACUGUCUACGACGAGAAGCAACUACACAACGCGGCUGACACGGAUGACUCGGACACGAUCAUGGCGGCGUCGGCCGAUUCGUCCCUCACGAGCACCUGGACCACGACCGCCGCGCCGGGCCUCAGCACCCACGGCGGCCACGGCGCAAUCUUCUACCUCUCGCGCAUACAACGCUACUCAACCUACGCCAUGUCCGUCUUCACCACGCUACACCUGGCCAACGUCUCCUUCAUCCCCGCUGUCCAGCGCUCCGUCGCCUCCUCCGAGACGUACCUCCUCAUGACACGUGAGAUCUACCAGACGUCCCUCACCGAGCCUCUCCUCGUUGCCCUCCCCGUCCUCGCGCACGUCGGUGCCGGCGUCGGCCUGCGCCUGCUGCGCCGCCGCGAGAACCUGCGCCGCUACGGCGGCGCCACGCCCGCCGCCUACACGCCGCUGCCGUACCGCUCUCCGUGGCCGCCGCUCAGCUACAUCUCCGCGUCCGGCUACGUGCUGGCCGGCUUCCUGGCGGCGCACGUGCUGGUCAACCGCGCGCUGCCACUCGCCGUGGAGGGCGACAGCUCGAGCAUCGGGCUCGCGUUCGUGGCGCACAGCUUCGCGAGGCACCCGGCGCUGGCGCGCGCGGCGUACGUGGGGCUGAUCGCGUCCGCGGCGGGACACAUGGUCUGGGGCGCGGCGAGGUGGUGCGGCCUGGCGCCGUCGACGAGCGGCUGGUGGGGGCGGAGCGGCGGCGGCGUGAUGGUGACCAGGGCGACGAGGAGGAGGAGGAGGAACCGGUGGUUGUCGGUUCACGGUGUGGCGUUGCUGACAGCGGCGGCAUGGGCGGUGGGCGGACUGGGGGUGGUUGCAAGGAGCGGACUGCAGGACGGGUGGGUGGGAAAGGUGUACGAUGGCAUGUUUGCGAGGAUCGGACUGUGA